UCUUAAACCUGGCAUUUUUCACAUCAAUAGCCCUGGAAAAGUAUAUUGUGAUGGUUGAUUGUGGUGGCUUUACUGCUUUUUGGCUUGGAAUACAUCAAUAUGAUGAUGAAUUAUUUGAUCUGAUCAAUCCAACUGUAGAAUUCUCUUUUUGGAAUGCCGAUCCGGAACAAUUUGCGGUUACUGGUCCACCAGAUGAGGUUAUUACAAUUUAUUUGAGCUUUGUUGAAGACGAGGAAGAGAACAUUGUCAGCGAUUUAUAUUUAUUGUAAUAUGUUUUUACAUAUAUAUUCUUUUAAAAUUUUUUGCGUGUAGAUUUUGUUAAAAUAAAAUAUUAAAUUGUAGUUUUAAUCAUUUAAUUAGCCUUUUUUGGCCAUUUUCUUGUACUUUUUUAAAAUUCUUUUCGUCACUUUUGCAUAGUUUAUUUUAUAUUAACCAUUUGUUUUCACUUGCCUCAUUUCUUGAUAAGAAUUUGUUUUUUGAAUUCGAAUAAGUUUUAGGCCAUACAACCCUGGAUAUGGUCUAGUUGAGAAUACUACAUGAAUUAACAGGAUUGAUCUAUUUUUAAUUAUUAAUGAAAACAUACUUUCUCUCAAUCACUCCGCUUGUUUCUCAUCUCUUUACGUUUUCUUUUAUUUUCCAGAAAAGGAACAUUAUUCCUGUAUCAUCUUCUGCCUCUGCAUCUCCAACUUCAACUUGUUCGAGCCCUCUUGUCUCAAACUGUCAAAACUCCCAACAACAUUUACUUAUUGAAGGGCAACAACCAAGUAUAGCUGUUGGUGGAAAUUUUCUGCCUGCUCCGGUCACAUUAACACCUCCACAAUCAGCGCCGCCUCAAAAAACUUCACAUGCCUUUUUUAUGGAUCAAAUGAGGAUUCGAAGCAAAAGUCCAAGUGAUCGUGCGAAUUUUGCAGCUGUUUCUCCAUCAACUGCUGGAAGUGUUUGCUCACUUGCAGGAAAAGAAUUGACUAGCACUACAUCUCCAGGUUCUGGUAUUGUUGGUAUUCCACGUCGUGGUUGUGAGCGUUACAACAAGAAAAGAGGUGGAACUAUUGAAGAUUGGGCAAUUCGAAGUGAAAAUGUUAUUAUGAAGGAGAAGAUAGGAAAUGGAUCUUUUGGGACUGUUUAUAAGGCUGAUUAUUUUGGUACUGUUGCAGUAAAGAAAUUAAAUAUUACCAAUCCUACAUUAACUGUGAACGUUACAACAAGAAAGGAGGUGGAACUAUUGAAGAUUGGGCAAUUCGAAGUGGAAAUGUUAUUAUGA